CUGCCCUCAGCUAUAAGAGAAGACCUGAUGGAGCCUGGGAGUGACAAACACACAGACCCUCAGAGGAAUACCUGUGCUAUUCUUUAUACAUACACAGAUUAAGCACCAGGUUCAAAACACACACAUUGACACGCGUACACACAUUCACGCGCAUACACCUGUUCAUACAGACUACAGAUAUGGAUUGUUCCAUGGCCCCCCUGGUGUCCUUUCUACUGGCACAUUUCAGUAUGGGGGCAGGAGCUUCACUGUCAUUGGACAUAGUGAGAACCAAGGUCAAAUUCCUUGCUCAGACCAUGGUGUACAGGACACAGAUGGAAAUCAAAAAGCUCCCUUCCUCUUCUAACCUGGUAAUCGACGGCCUGGAAUUGUUUUUCCCGGCAGCUGCAGGAGACCAGCCUAUAGAAGGCCUGCCUUCCAUAGUAGAGACCAUGGGGUUCUACCAGGACCUGCUGAUCUCUCUAGACAUGGCGGACCUCAAACAGCUGGUGGAAGACGCCUCCACUAUGCGGGGUCAGCUGGAGAACUGGAUGAUGUCGCGCUGCCCAGGUCGCCAGCAGAAACAGACAGGAGAGGGUGGGUUGGAGGAGGCUCUGAAGGACAGUGUCAGGAAGUUUGGUCUGAGUGUGAGUCCAGUGGCACUAAACAGACUCAAGGGCUACCUCGAUCGGCUACUGCUGAACCUGGAUCAGCUCAGGUACUGCUGAUCAACUGUUACUGACAUAGAUCAUCACUGAGUGACUGAACUCAGAUCCGUUUGUGCCAUUCUGAACAACUGUUACUGACUAUGACUGUCACUGAGUAACUGAACUUUGAUCAACUCAUGAUCUGCUGAAAACCUAGAAUGAGUUGAAGCAAGACUGGACAGUCAUAAGUCUAAAGAUUAUUCUGGGUGUACUUCAGAUCACAGUCACUAUCAGUCACUAAGUUAUUAAGACAUGUUAUAUUGUAUUUUAUUCAGACAAGGAUUCUAGCUUGAGGUAUUUAUUUCUA